UUUAUUUUUUAUUAUUUUGGUAUUAUAAUUAUAAUUGUUUUUAUUUUGCAAGCUGUGGCGUUUUUGGUUGUGUUAGAGCGUCAUUUUUUGGGUAGUUCUCAAUGUCGUAUUGGUCCUAAUAAGGUUGGAUAUUCUGGGGUUUUUCAGGCAUUGUUUGAUGGUUUAAAAUUGUUUAAGAAGGAGCAGGUUUUGUUUUGUUUUUCUUCUUGGAUUUCUUUUUUGUUUAUGCCUAUUUGUGGUUUUGUUCUAAUAGUUUUUUUUUGGUUUACUUUACCUUAUUUUUUUAUUUUUUUGUCUUUUGAGUAUUCUGGAAUUUUUUUGUUCUGUUUAAUAGGUGUUUCUGUAUAUUUUGUUAUGUUGUCUGGUAUUUUUAGAGGUGGUAAGUAUUCAUUUGUUGGUGGUAUACGUUCUUGUGCUCAAAGCUAUUCUUAUGAGAUUGCAUUUUCUGUGUAUUUGCUUAUUUUUUUAUUGUUUAAUAAGGGUCUUUGUUUGUCUUUUAGUUUUUGUUUGUUUUUUUUUAUAUUUUUUUUCCUUUUUUUGUUUAGUUUUGAUUGAUUUAGCAUCGUGCUCCUUUUGAUUUUUCUGAAUGUGAGAGCGAGUUGGUUAGUGGUUUUAAUGUUGAAUAUUCUAGAGUUGGUUUUGCUGGUUUGUUUUUAGGUGAAUAUGGUAAUUUAUUAUAUUUUAGUUGUUUAACUUCUAGUUUAUUUUUCAAUAUGAGUUUUUUGUUUUUUUAUUUUAUUGUUUGUUUUAUUGUUUUUUCUCGUAGAGCUUAUCCACGUUUUCGUUUUGAUAUGUUAAUGAGUAUGUGUUGG